AUUUCCCUUCUCCUUGUUGCAACUUUAGUCUUAAGAGCGUCAAUUUUCGUGUUAUAAAAUUAUUAGAGUCUGGCAGAGCUCUGGUGACGGUCUUGGUGAGACAAGAGAUUGGAAACUCUAUACUAUCUAAUCCGAGUUGGGUGAAUGCUCUGUCACCAGACGAGCUCGGAAAACGAAAAUGCAUUCGACGGCAAAUGAUGAGGAUGUUGGCACUACCAGCCACACAGAGCGAGGCCCCAGUGCAAUGCUGCCAGGCUCUCCCAAUUCCUCCGCGUUGUCAUCAGCUGCAUACGGACAGUGGGUUCCAGGAAGCUACGGUUCUCACUCUGCGUCUUAUCAAAGUGGUAUCCAGAGGCAAAGAUCCGCAUCGUUCUCUACCCGAAUUCGACAGGUUGGAGGUGUAAACAGCAUAGACAACUUCGCGCGGUCAUGGCAAAGGGCUGCUGGCUUUCCUGAGAUUAUUCCGCAUCGUCCGUCAUUCAUCAGAACUGACUCUGAAGAUGAAAUUGCUAUCGCGACAGGUGCUGGUUUUGGUUCAAGGUCUGGCUCACUCAGCCAAUCGAUUCGAACGCAUCGCGGAUCUGCAGGUGUAAAUGCUGGAGAAGCGGGAGAAAAUGAGAAUUUUGACGACCCCGGGCCUUCGAGAAGACCUUUUGUGGAUUCCAGUUUGUUGGGAUUAUCUUUUGACAGGCUGUAUGGGACUUCAUACGGAACGAUUUCCUCGGGAGGGGGCGAUGGGAUCACUCGUCAUCUGUAUCAACUUCACCAAGGGCACCAGACCCAGACAGAGAACCCAAUUGACGACGAGAUAGCGCCCCUAGUUAUCAAGCAAGUUCAGCACGAAGACGGUACAGCCGAAACUAUCAUUGUUGGCCAGUCUACUGUGCCGCAGACCAUUUUUAAUUCGGUUAAUGUCUUAAUAGGCGUAGGCCUGUUAAGCUUACCACUAGCAAUGAAGCAGGCUGGUUGGCUCUUGGGGUUAUCUUUUUUACUAUUCUCAGCAGUUACAACAUCUUACACUGCUAAGAUACUCGCAAAAUGUCUGGAUGUUGAUCAUAGCCUACUUACGUAUGCGGAUUUGGCAUACAUCAGUUUUGGACCUCAAGCACGUCUGAUAACUAGCCUCCUGUUCUGUUUGGAGCUUGUUGGAGCAUGCGUCGCUCUCGUUGUACUCUUCGCAGACAGCCUUUAUGUCUUGAUCCCCAGCCUGAGUAUUCUUCAAUGGAAGAUAAUAUGCGGUCUUAUCCUUGCUCCACUCAGUUUCCUGCCGUUACGACUAUUGAGCGUCACAAGUAUCCUAGGAAUCAUUUCUUGCACAUUAAUUGUGAUUCUUACAUGCAUUGAUGGUUUUAUCAAACCCGAUGCGCCUGGCUCCCUUAUUCAGCCUGCCAGGACUUCUCUCUUUCCUGACGAUUGGGCCAGUUUACCGCUCAGUUUUGGCCUCAUAAUGUCGCCUUGGGGCGGCCAUGGAGUUUUUCCCAACAUUUACCGAGAUAUGAGACACCCCCAGAAAUAUGGCAAGAGUCUAUGGGUUACUUACCUCUUUACUUAUUCCUUAGAUUGUGCGAUGGCUAUAAUCGGCUGGCUAAUGUUUGGAGAAGGAGUCAGAGAUGAGAUAACAGCAAAUAUAUUGAUGUCAAGCGAGUAUCCACAAGCUUUGUCUAUUUGCAUUAUCAUCUUCAUUUCGAUCAUUCCGAUAACCAAAGUGCCUUUAAAUUCUCGGCCUUUGGUGGCUACCGUCGAGGUCUUAUGUGGACUCGAGCCUCGCCUCGAAGCGGCAACAAACCGUCCUGAAGGAUCGAGGGCGACCGUUCAACAGGCUUCAAAGGUGAUUGUACGAAUCUCAGUUGUGAUCUUCAUUGUCUUGAUGUCCGUUGUCUUCCCGUCCUUCGACAGGAUCAUGGCCUUGAUGGGGUCCUGUUUAUGUUUCACGAUAUGCAUCAUACUGCCCCUCGCGUUUCAUCUGAAGAUAUUCGGUAAAGAAAUCAGUCGGGGCGAACGCAUUCUGAAUUGGAUUCUCAUCGUCAUCUCAUCGGUCAUGGCUGUCAUCGGUACCGUUUGGGCGUUUUUACCGAAAAAUGUCGUGUGA